AUGGCCACAAGAACAUCCUCACGCCAUGCCGCCCAGAAGGCCAAGGAAGCCAUUGCAAAUUCCGCAGAGCCGACUGGCAAGACCACCAAGGGAACAAAGCGGAAAGGUCCAACCGAAGAGGCUCCACACCCCAAAAAGGAAAAAACGGAGGAUAUAAAGCCAGAAGAAGAGAAAGCGGAAAAGGCAUCGGGUGCAUUGGUAGACGCUCCAGUGCCCGAGACAGAGGAACCUACCAAGAAAGAGAAAGCACCUGAAGAAGAGGUGGCACCCGUCGACAAGGAGGAAGCACCCGUCGACAAGGAGGAAGCACCCGUCGACAAGGAGGAAGCACCCGUCGACAAGGAGGAAGCACCCGCCAACAAGGAUGAGCCACCUGUCAAGGCAGAAGAACCAUCCGAAGGACAACAAUCAAAGGAACAACCCGGCGAAACCGCGCCGGAGAAAUCUCAAGGAAUCGAGGGAGGUCUUCACAAGUCUGAGGAGAGGGAAAACGUGGUAUCCUCUAAUAUACUCGAGAAGGGCUUCAUCUACUUCUUCUUCCGCCCACGGGUCAAUGUAGAGGAUCCUCAAAGUAUCGGAGAUGUCGCCCGAAGCUUCUUUGUUCUCCGUCCCACCGUCCUUGGGGCAGAAUUCGACCAAGGCCAAGGCGCUGUCGACAAAGACGCCUCGUGUCGCUUGAUGAUGCUCCCGAAAAAGAAGUUCCCGACCUCACCCAAAGAACGAGAUAUGGGAUUCGUGGAGAAGGCUGGACAAUCUAUGCAAUCUCUCCAUGAGAAGUUCAUCGCUGGUUCCACAUACCAGACUGCCACCCGAGGUGAGCGUCACAUCGAGGAAGCCAGACCUUACGCGGAAGGUGUCUAUGCGAUCACCUCCACACCGCGGGCAUCCCAUCUUGCCUAUAUCCUGACCAUCCCUGCCGAGCUUGGUGAUAUCCAGGAGGAUUUCGGCCUGCGAGAACGUGGAAGUUGGAUUGUUCAGUCGAAGAAUCCCAAGUUUGCUGGUCCACCAAUUGGUCAAUUACCGAAAGACCCGGAGUUCCCUCCAUCGGUUCUCGCGAAAUUCGAAGAUCUUCGAUGGGUACCUAUGCAGCCCGAGUUUCUGGACUAUCCUAAUUCCCAAUUUCUCAUGAUUGGUGAGGCACAGAAUCACCUUGGCAAGGCUGCAUCUUCUGAGGGAGGUAAACAAGCUCACGAGGAAGAGCCUGGCCAGGAAUUGGAGAAAUUGGAAGAUGAGAACGAACACCGGGUUGAUGCACUCCAAGGAGAUGAAACAAUCUAUGAAGACUUGGGCUUCCACGCGAAGAAUUACCCCAAGUUGGCCACAACUUGGAAUGCUUAA